AUGGUAGAAAAUGGUAGCUCCAUUAGGACGGCGUUAAAAACCAGUAAAAUUCCCAACCCUACAUUGCGCCGUUACGUUAGAAAAAAACGUGAACAUGGUGAUAAUAUAUCACUCGAACCGAAGUAUGAUAUUAAUAAAGUGUAUACUGGAGAACAUGAAGAAAUAUUAUUAAAAUACUACAAAGACUGUGCACUUAUGUUCUACGGUUUGGCCAUCAAAGAAUGUAGGAAGGUGGCGUACGAAAUGGCAAAGGUUAAUAGCAUAAAAAUACCAAGCUCAUGGGAAAGGGAUAAAAUGUCAGGUUUGGAAUGGUUUCGUUUCUUUAAAAAAACUCCUGAUAUUUCAGUAAAGAAACCAGAAGCUGUAAGUCUCGCACGAGCUACCUCAUUCGAUCGGAAAGUUGUGGCAAUAUUUAAAAGAUCGCCUAAAUAA